GGAGCUGCCCAAGCCGGGGGGAGGGGAGACAAGAUGGCGGCGACGGAGGAGCUGAGGCUGAGGUGAGAGACUCCGCGAGUCCCGACCCUAGCUAGAGUCGGCUGUCUGCUCCGUUCCAGCGCCGCGCUGCCGGCGGUUUCCUAGAAACAUGGUUUCUUGCUCGUGUUGAUCUCUCAGUUUGUGAAGACUCCUUCUCUGAUAAUGUCAAGUUCGGGCUACCCUCCUAACCAAGGAGCAUUCAGCACAGAACAGAAUCGUUAUCCUACUCACUCUGUCCAGUACACCUUCUCUAACCCUCGACAUCAGCAGGAGUUUGCAGUUCCUGAUUAUCGUUCUUCUCAUCUGGAAGUCAGUCAAGCAACUCAGCUCUUGCAGCAGCAGCAGCAGCAGCAGCAACUUCGUCGACGGCCUUCCUUGCUUUCUGAAUUUCACCCAGGCUCUGACAGAUUUCACUGGGAUAAAAUUCAUACACUUGAAUAUUCAGCAGAGGGUAUUUGUCUGUCUAGGCCUCAGGAAAGGAGAACUGGCUAUGAGCAGCAAUUUCACCCAGGUCCGUCACAGACUGAUCAUGAUUCGUUGGAAUCUAAGCGACCACGUCUUGAACAAGUUUCAGAUUCCCAUUUUCAGCGUGUUAGUGCUGCUGCUGUGCUGCCUUUAGUACAUCCUCUACAGGAGGGAUUGCGAUCUGCAGAUAUUAAGAAGGAACCAGCUUUUGGAGGCAAGCAUGAAGGGCCAUCUUCUCCAGUCUCUGGUCAGCCCUGUGGAGAGGACCAGAAUGCAUCACCUUCAAAACUGUCAAAGGAAGAGUUGAUACAGAGCAUGGAUCGUGUAGAUCGAGAAAUUGCAAAAGUGGAACAGCAGAUUCUUAAAUUGAAGAAAAAGCAACAACAACUCGAAGAAGAAGCUGCUAAACCUCCAGAGCCAGAGAGGCCUGUCUCCCCUCCUCCAGUGGAACAGAAACACCGCAGUAUUGUCCAAAUUAUUUAUGAUGAAAAUCGGAAAAAAGCAGAAGAAGCUCAUAAAAUUUUUGAAGGGCUUGGUCCAAAAGUCGAACUGCCACUUUACAACCAACCAUCAGACACAAAGGUGUACCAUGAAAACAUCAAAACAAACCAAGUGAUGAGGAAAAAGCUGAUUUUGUUCUUUAAGAGAAGAAAUCAUGCAAGGAAACAAAGGGAACAGAAAAUCUGUCAACGUUAUGAUCAGCUGAUGGAGGCAUGGGAGAAGAAAGUAGAUAGGAUAGAAAAUAAUCCCCGCAGGAAAGCUAAAGAAAGUAAAACAAGAGAGUACUAUGAAAAACAGUUCCCAGAAAUCCGAAAGCAAAGAGAACAGCAAGAACGAUUUCAAAGGGUUGGCCAAAGAGGGGCUGGCCUUUCAGCAACUAUUGCUAGAAGUGAACAUGAGAUUUCUGAAAUCAUUGAUGGACUCUCUGAGCAGGAGAACAACGAAAAACAAAUGCGUCAGCUCUCUGUCAUUCCUCCCAUGAUGUUUGAUGCAGAACAAAGACGAGUGAAGUUUAUUAAUAUGAAUGGUCUGAUGGAGGACCCCAUGAAGGUGUAUAAAGACAGACAGUUCAUGAAUGUCUGGACGGACCACGAGAAGGAGAUAUUUAAGGAAAAGUUUGUCCAGCAUCCCAAGAACUUUGGUCUAAUUGCCUCCUACCUGGAAAGAAAGAAUGUUCCAGACUGUGUUUUGUAUUAUUAUUUGACCAAGAAAAAUGAGAAUUAUAAAGCCCUUGUACGAAGAAAUUAUGGCAAACGUAGAGGAAGAAACCAGCAGCAAAUUGCACGUCCUUCACAAGAAGAAAAGGUAGAAGAAAAAGUAGAAGAGGAGAAAGCAGAAAAAACAGAGAAAAAAGAGGAAGAAAAGAAAGAUGAAGAGGAAAAGGAUGAGAAGGAAGAAUCUAAAGAAAACACCAAAGAGAAGGAUAAAACAGAAAUUGCAGCAGAGGAAACGGAGCAGGCUACUCCUAGGGGACGAAAAACUGCCAACAGUCAAGGUCGUCGUAAGGGCAGGAUCACCAGAUCUAUGACAAAUGAAGCUGCAGCAGCAAAUGCUGCUGCUGCUACCGAAGAGCCACCACCGCCUCUUCCUCCACCUCCAGAGCCCUCUUCUGUAGAGCCUGUGGAGACCUCCCGCUGGACAGAGGAAGAAAUGGAAAUUGCUAAAAAAGGGUUAGUGGAACAUGGUCGCAACUGGGCAGCAAUAGCCAAAAUGGUUGGAACUAAAAGUGAAGCUCAGUGUAAAAACUUCUACUUCAACUAUAAAAGGAGACAUAAUCUGGACAACCUCCUUCAACAGCACAAACAGAAAUCUUCACGAAGGCCUCGUGAGGAGCGGGAUGUAUCACAGUGUGAAAGUGUGGCGUCAACAGUCUCUGCUCAGGAGGAUGAAGAUAUUGAAGCAUCCAAUGAAGAAGAGAAUCCAGAAGACAGUGAGGGUGCUGAAAAUAGUUCAGAUACAGAGAGUGCUCCAUCUCCUUCACCAGUGGAAGCUUCCAAACCCAGUGAAGACGCUAUGUCUGAAAGCUCUGCUUCUAGGAUAACCACUGAGACAACAGCAGAACAGGAAUCUGCCAUUAAAACUGUACCUAGCACAUCCCCCUCCUUGGCAGCCCAAAGUACACAAACAGCUGAAAAUCAGAAUAUUGAGCUCCAAGUUAAGGAAGAAAUAAGUAAUGAGGCAGAGGAGCCAAUGGAGAUGGACAGUAGAAGCCACCCAGCUGAAGCUAAGCCUGUGCUCAGCCUUCCAGUGCAUACCAAAGCAGAACCUAUAGAUUCUGAAAUGAGGUUACCAGAGAAUAUUCAAGUGAAAAUAGAGAGUGAUACCAAAGAGAGGGAUUUGGAGAAACCCAAGGAAAAGUCAGAACCUGAAGAAAUGGACUUUAGCCUGUCACAGCAGAGUAGUACAGCAAGACCAGAGCCCAAUUCAGACAAUGAUUCUAGUGCUACUUGUAGUGCUGAUGAAGAUGUUGAUGGGGAACCUGAAAGACAAAGAAUCUUCACUAUGGAUUCAAAGCCUUCACUUUUAAACCCUACUGGAUCUAUACAAGUAUCCUCCACAAUAAAACAAGGGCAGAUGGACUUGCAACAACUUCACCAUCGAGCUGCUGUAAUACCACCUAUGGUCUCUUGUAGCCCAUGUAAUGUAUCUAUUGGAACACCCAUUAGUGGUUAUGCUCUCUAUCAGCGGCAUAUUAAAGCUAUGCAUGAGUCAGCAUUGCUGGAGGAGCAGCGCCAGAGGCAGGAGCAUAUAGAUAUGGAGUAUAGAAGUUCUGCAAGCCCAUGUGGCACCUCCAAGAGCCCUAAUGUUGAGUGGGAAGGAAAAUCAGUUGCUUAUAUGCCUUAUGUUGAGGUCAAACGAGCAAUAGAACAGGAAGCACAGGUGCAAAACACAGCAGGAAGGUCGGCAUCGCCAUACAGGCUAUCUCCAAGAGAAGUCAGUAAAGCCUCGCCACAGCCUGAUAUGAAUGCAGCUCGCUAUAGUGUCCCACCAGUUCUCCAGCCUGCUCCUCAUCAAGUAAUAGCAAAUAUACCUGAAGGAGUCCGGCUCCCAACAACCCGGCCGACCAGACCACCACCUCCACUCAUUCCAUCCUCCAAAACUACUAUGCCAUCAGAAAAACCAUCUUUCAUUAUGGGAGGCUCAAUCUCACAAGGAACACCUGGCACUUACUUAACAUCCCAUAGUCAAGCUUCUUACAGUCAAGAACCAGCAAAGCCAUCCGUGGGAUCCAUAUCUCUUGGUCUGCCGAGGCAACAGGAGUCUGCCAAACCUGCUUCCAUACCCUACAUCAAGCAAGAAGAGUUCUCUCCCAGAAGCCAGAAUUCUCAGCCUGAGGGCCUCUUGGUCAGAGCACAGCAUGAAGGUGUGGUUCGAGGUACCACAACAACCAUACAAGAAGGAAGUAUAACACGAGGAACUCCAGCCAACAAAGUUCCUGUUGAAACCAUUCCUUCUCUGCGAGGCUCCAUUACUCAGGGUACCCCAGCUUUGUCCCAGUCUGGCAUUGCUGCUGAUGCAUUGCUGAAAGGAACCAUCACCCGACUGGCUACCGAAGACAGCAGCCCUGAGAAGUGCCGAGAGGAAGCUGCAGCCAAAGGCCAUGUUAUUUAUGAAGGCAAGAGCGGGCAUAUCUUAUCAUAUGAUACAGCUAUUAAGAACGUCCGAGAAGGAACCAGGAGUCCAAGGGCUGCUCAUGAAAUCAGUUUAAAGAGAAGUUAUGAUACGAUGGAAGGAAAUAUAAAACAAGGAAUGUCAAUGAGGGAGUCUCCAGUGUCUGCACCAUUAGAGGGGUUAAUAUGCCGUACACUGCCAAGGGGCAGCCCUCAUGCAGAACUGAAGGAGAGGACUGUGCUGUCUGGCUCUAUAAUGCAAGGUACACCAAGAGCAACAACUGAGAGUUUUGAAGAAGGCCUGAAGUAUUCUAAACAGAUUAAGAGAGAGUCUCCUCCCAUACGGACAUUUGAAGGAGCCACCAAGGGAAAGCCGUAUGAUGGAGUCACUACCAUUAAAGAAAUGGGCCGUUCCAUCCAUGAAAUCCCAAGACAGGACCUUUUAAGCCAAGAAAGUCGCAAGACUCCUGAAAUAGUACAAAGUGCAAGGCCAAUUAUGGAAGGCUCCAUUUCUCAGGGUACACCCAUAAAAUAUGAAAGCAACUCCGGCCAGUCUGCCAUCAAACACAAUGUAAAAUCUUUAAUCACUGGACCAAGUAAACUGCCCCGUGGAAUGUCUCAGCUGGAAAUGGUACCGGAAAAUGUGAAGGCGGUAGAACGAGCAAAAUAUGAAGAUGUGAAGACUGUGGAGGCUGUACGUUCCCGUCAUACAUCGGUGGUCAGCUCUGGCACCUCUGUCCUCAGGUCAACUCUUCAUGAAACUCCCAAAUCACAGUUGAGCCCUGGGAUUUAUGAUGACACCAAUGCAAGGAGGACACCUGUGAACUAUCCAAGCCCUAUGUCCAGGAGCUCACCUAUGAUGAACAGAGUUACUGAAGCUGGAAUAUCUUCUGGGAAGCCUCCUAAUCAUGAAAGGAAAACCACACUUACCCCAACGCAGAGAGAGAGCGUACCAGCGAAAUCUCCAGUCCCAGGGGUUGAUCCUGUAGUAACUCACAGUCCGUUUGAUUCCCAUCAUAGAGGCUCUACUCCAGAAGUCUACAGGAGCCAUCUCCCCCCUCAUUUAGAUUCAGCCAUGCAAUUUCACAGGGCUCUGGAUCCUGCUGCUGCUGCAUACCUGUUCCAAAGGCAGCUUUCACCUACCCCAGGUUACCCAAGUCAGUAUCAACUCUAUGCGAUGGAGAACACACGGCAGACAAUCCUAAAUGACUAUAUUACCUCUCAGCAGAUGCAGGUUAAUUUACGCCCUGAUGUAACCAGAGGACUAUCUCCUAGAGAGCAAACUUUAGCUCUCCCAUAUGCGGGAGCCAGAGGAAUUAUUGACCUGAACAAUAUGGCUCCCACUAUCUUAGUCCCUCAUCCAGGAGGAACAAGUACCCCUCCAAUGGAGAGAAUCACUUAUAUCCCUGGUACCCAGCUCACGUUCCCUCCGAGGCCUUACAACCCUGCAUCUAUGUCACCAGGACACGCUACACAUCUGGCUUCUGCAGCUGCCAACGCUGAGAGGGAGCGGGAGAGGGAACGGGAGAAGGAACGUGAAAGGGAGCGAGAGAGAGAAAGAGAGAGGGAGAGAAUCGCUGCAGUUCCCGCUGAGCACUACCUUCGGCCUGGUACAGAGCAGCCUGGUAGACCUGGCAGUCAUGGAUACGUUCGCUCACCUUCUCCUUCUGUUAGAACCCAAGAGAACAUGCUGCAACAAAGGCCCAGUAUUUUCCAAGGAACCAACGGGACAAGUGUAAUUACCCCCCUGGAUCCUGCUGCUCAGCUACGCAUCAUGCAGCUCACGCCUGGAGCCCCCUCCAUAACUCCAGGAUUGCCUGCUUCCCGUUACAACACUGCUGCUGAUGCCCUCGCUGCAUUGGUGGAUGCUGCAGCCUCUGCUCCUCAGAUGGAAGUUGUCAAAGCAAAAGAGCACAAGCAUGAAGGAACCAGAAUAGAAGAGAACAUGGGGCGCAGGUCAACGGUGGUUAGUGAACAGCAGCAACAGAUGGAGCAGAAAACACUGGAAACAGAAAAGAGGUCUGUUCAGUGCCCAUACACAUCGGCAGCUUUUUCCAGUGGCAAGUCCCAGGGUCCGUCUUCAUCGGUAGUUUAUUCAGAGGCUGGUAAAGACAAAGGUCCUCCUCCUAAAUCCCGGUAUGAGGAAGAGUUAAGGACUCGUGGGAAGACCACCAUUACUGCUGCUAACUUCAUAGAUGUGAUCAUCACUCGGCAGAUUGCUUCGGACAAGGAUGCACGGGAUCGGGGCUCCCAAAGUUCAGAUUCUUCUAGCAGUUUAUCUUCCCACCGAUAUGAAGCGCCUGGAGAUGCCAUUGAGGUCAUUAGCCCUGCAAAUUCACCUGUACCUCCCCAAGAGAAACUACAGUCCUAUCAACUAGAGGCACCCAAACCAAGCCAGGCAGAAAGUGAUCCCAACAGGCAGUAUGAAGGUCCAGUUCACCGAUAUAGGGCACAACAGGAAUCUCCUUCUCCGCAGCAGCCUCCACUGCCUUCCUCUCAGGCAGAGGGGAUCGGACAUGUACCUAGGACCCAUCGUCUGAUCACACUUGCUGACCAUAUCUGCCAAAUUAUUACACAAGACUUUGCUAGAAACCAAGUGGCCUCACAGGUAUCCCUGCAGCCUCCGACUAGUACGUUUCAGAACUCUGCUUCUGCUUCAGCUACUACCCCUACUCGGGCAAAGGCUUCAGACCGCUACAGCCCCGAGUCACAGUCUGUUCACCAUCAACGGCCAAGUGCCAGAGUGUCUCCUGAAAAUCUCUCUGACAAAUCCAGAGCAAGAGCUGGGAAGUCCCCAGAGAGAAGUCAUGUCUCUUCAGAACCCUAUGAGCCAGUCUCACCGCCGCAGCUCCCAGUUGUACAUGAGAAACAAGACAAUAUUAUAUUGCUUUCCCAAAGAAAUGAGCCUGCUGAACAGAGGACUGACUCUCGCUCUCCAGGGAGUAUAAGUUACCUUCCUUCAUUCUUCACCAAGCUUGAAAACACCUCUCCAAUGGUGAAGUCCAAGAAACAGGAGAUAUUUCGUAAGUUGAACUCCUCUAGUGGAGGUGACUCUGACAUGGCAACUGCUCAGCCAGGAACUGAAAUAUUUAAUUUGCCAGCAGUCACUACCUCAGGUGCAGUCAGUUCUAGGGGUCAUUCCUUUGCAGAUCCUGCCAGUAAUCUGGGUCUGGAAGACAUUAUUAGGAAGGCAUUGAUGGGCAGCUUUGAUGACAAAGGGGAGGAUCAUGGAGUUGUAAUGUCUCAGACUAUGGGGAUAGCACCUGGUAGUUCCAACCCUGCAGUCUCAGCUAAUAGCGAGGCCCGUAGAGAGGAAGCUAAUCCAUCACCCAAUUCAGGAGGGGGAGUUGGCAAGCAGAAGUUAAUUGGCAAGUCUAAUAUUAGGAAGUCUAAAUCUCCUAUUCCUGGGCAGGGAUACUUAGGAACUGAGAGACCUUCCUCUGUCUCAUCUGUACAUUCAGAAGGAGAUUACCACAGGCAGACUCCGGUGUGGGCCUGGGAAGACAGGCCUUCUUCAACAGGAUCAACUCAGUUUCCUUACAACCCCUUGACAAUGCGGAUGCUCAGCAGUACACCACCAACGUCCAUUGCAUGUGCCCCGCCAUCCAUGAGCCAAGCAGCCACUCACCAACAGAACAGGAUAUGGGAGCGAGAGCCUGCACCACUGCUUUCAGCACAAUAUGAGACUCUGUCUGACAGUGAUGACUGAACUAUGCAGAGUUUUUUUUUAAUUUGUGGGUCGAAAAAACUCUAUUUUUGACUUAUGCCCAAAGGGACUUCCCAAGAGAGCAAGGGCCACGCAUGAAGAGAUGAUGGGGAGCUAUUUGGAGAGUAAAUUGAAAAGAUUCUGUCUGCACAGACCACGUGUAGGAGGAUCGUGAUUGAGGAGGGUUGAUGUACUAAAAAUAAAUAUGUAAAGACUUUUUAAAAAGUGGACUAUUCCUGUUCUGCAUCUAUUUGUAAAGAAAACCAUAAUGUCUUUAAAUCAUUCUUCUGUAAAUAGAGAGUACUUUUUGCAGUGUUUUUUUCCCUUGCUGUAGUCUCUGGUGUACUUACGUUCAAUCAUUGCAUAAGCCUUAGGGGUCAUUUUGUAAUUUUUUUUAAAGCAUUUUCUCAAGUGUAGAGUACUCUUCAUACCUUACUCUCCCAACCGACAUAGCAUCAUUGCCUGUUAAUGCAGUGCCACCUCUUAGUGGUGGUGUGCUUCAAUUUAAUUUUUUCCCUAGAGACAGUGGUGUUCAAGCUCUUGUGAAAAUGUUGAUUUUUAAGACUGACCCCUUAACGAAUUCUGUACAUUAACAUAGUCAGGUCUGCUGGGGUAAGAUGAUAUAUUUCUUUGAUUUUUAAAUUUCUGCCACAUUGUAAAUUUUCAGUGCUGUCAGUUUUAUUUAGCAACACUGCAGAAAUAUUAUUGCAUGGGUAUGUUUAUGGUUCAGUUUAAAAAGAAAAAACAGUAACAAAAAACCCAACCAAGCAGCUUCUGGAGUCAUACCUCACUGUUAUGCACACUGGUAAUUUAACUGUGCCCCAAAAGACUAUUUUAAUGUUUUCUGUUUCUGCAUUGUAUGCAGCUGAAAAAGGCUACUAUUUUAAACAAAUUUUACUACCAUUAAUAUCCAUAUAAAUCACAGCAGAUUGCUUAACUGAACAAAGGCUCUGGGUGGGUUGUUGGGUCCAUCAAGAAAAAUAUAUCCACUGCUCUAGUUUAAAAAUAAAUAAAUAAAUAACGCUUUUUCUGAGCUUUGUAAUCAAGGAAUAUGAGAGUCAACUUUCUGGGCUCUGACAGCCAGUUUGAAAAAAAUACUGUGAUUAUUGCUCACUUCAUUCUAAUUGUUAAAUGUCUUUUAACAUGCAUUUUAAAACCUAGUCCAGUAAGAGAAGUGAUUUGCAUAGAAACCUAUUUUUUUAUAUUGAACCAACCCCUAAACUUUACUUGAUAGAGACUCUCUCUCUCUAAAAAAAAUUGCUUAUGGUACUAGAAGAGGGUCUUUUUAUCCAUUCAUCUGUCAGUGCCUGCUGCAAUUGGAGGCCUUUGCUGUAGUAAUAUACUUGUAGUACAUGCAUCUGAUUAGUAUGGCCACCAUGUCAGCUGGAAUCUGUUUGCCACAUUUCACUUUCAUAUGGUUGCACUGGCCCCAGGACCAUGAGUUUAAGUGCUCUGGGGUACAAGGAGACAAGUAUUGAUAUGGGGAGAAAACCAUUGAAUGGGUGGGUGGCAAAGUCAAAUAUUAAAUGAAACAUUUAAGCAGCAUGUGUCCCUUCAGCAAUUUGAACCAAGACCACGUUCAGCAUUUGUCUCAGGAAGAGGUUGUCAGACUUAUCACAAUCUUUCAGCCUACUGAAGAAAGUUUAAUUUUAGACCUUUAUUUGCAAUUCCUUAUGUCUGGAAGGUAUACAAAUUUGUAACUUGGGAGUCCAUGCAGGUGCUGUGUUUCAUAGGUCUGUGAUGCCCUUUGCCUGUAUUUAACAUGGGAAGAGGUACAGAACCCCUUGUGCUAUAAAUCUUUUAAAAGUGUGUUGUACUUCAUUGAAGAGAGCCCCAGGUUGUCCCAACUGUAGGAAAGAGAAAGCAACAGGAGAUUUUAGACUCCUCUCUGCUGGUUUGCAGUCUGUCUUGGAAACUUGAUGAGCUGUAAGUAUUGCAGGUUUGCUUUGCUGCUGUAUUUAAAUGCUGUAUCCUGCAGCGUUAAAAUCAGUUGGAAGUGUUAAAAUCUUUAGUCCUCCUGAAAAAUGUGAAAACCCUGAAGCAUGUCAGGUGUAAAGUGAACAACUCUGUUUGGAGUCCCUAUCCCCCUGAUUUUAACUGUCUUUUAUUUUCUUUACUCAUCUUCAAGGACACACUGCUAUAAGUCAGUCUCCCCACAUUGUGAAUUUAAAUUUGGGAAAGUGAAAAAUGGAGUGCCAUUCCAAAGUUCGUCUUUUCUCCUUUCCUCAGUGUAACAAAACCUCAGUAUGUUUUGAAAUAGAGGCUUGUACCUGCAAAGCCUGUGGUUAAUUAUACUGUAUGAUCAUCUGUUCUUUAGCCUAAUUUACAUAAAGGAGGGAAAUCUAUGUGUUCUCUUUACUGCUGUUGCAAGGUAUCCUAACUAAAUAAGGGUAGUCAAGCAGCCCCUCUUUUGUGGAAUAACCCUCAGAGGCAUAGGAGAAGAGUGGCAUUUGCACAUCUUUUGUUUUUCUUCUUGUGAAGCAAUUUUUUUAGGGUUCCUUAAGUUUUUUUUAAUUUUUGAUAAUACCCAGAGCCUAAGCAUUAUUAAAAAAAAUUCCAGUAGCCUUUGAAUAUGGAAUUACACCUGGCCUGUUUCAAACAGGAGGGUGUCUGUAAAUCAUUGUUUACAAAAGUAGUUUACUACAAGAUUUGUAACUGUUGAUUUCUGAUCAGUGCUUUCACAAUGUUUUCCUCUUGCUAUGUUCAGUGAUUCUGAUAUGAAAACAUUUAAGACUUGAAAAAACCCAUGCAUCAUGCUAAAAUUUAGUUUUUUUCCACAAAAUGUCUUCAGUAGACAAUGACUUCUGGAUUCAGACCAAUCAAUAAAGGGGAUCAGUUCUCCAUUU